AUGUAUUCUUUAAUUGUGCCUUUGUUUCCUACCAGUUCUAACGUGGAGUACCUUCUUCCACAGGUGGCCAGCUCUUAUGGAAUUGACUACACUGCUAAGAAGAUUCUCCAACGCCCUCUAACUUUGAGCUCAAGCCCAAAGGCUUUUGUAUUAAUUGACAUUGUUCAACAGAUGACUUACACCAGCGACGGGACAACGUGCAAAAAAACUUCCCUACUUUACCCCGAAGUGUACCAGCAGUGUAUUCCCAGUACUGCAGACCAUGCGUCCGCGGCCAACAUAGGACCUGCUAGUGGAGGGCUGCCCUACAACGCAUACAGAUAUCCCAUUGGCUCCAAUCUCAUGGCGAUAGCUGUGUACGACGGUUGUUGGCCAGCCAUGACCAGACUCUCCGGCCCUGCAGAACCUCAGCCCCGCACCAGUGUCUUCAUCAAUAUCACAACGCCGGAUUCUAUCGACUUUGGUGUAGACACUUCCUCAUGCGUCUAACUGUAGCUUGUUGUAGUGUAGGUCAAUUUCCUUCAAUGAUCAGAGUCGAUUAAUGUUGACCUGUUAUGUUGAAGAAUUUAAAUAUUACUUUCUUAAAGCGUAUUGAGCUUGCUGAUGAGCGGGAAUUUGUGCUAUACAAAUGCUGUGUAUUAUUAUUAUACAGUAUUAUUAUUCUUUAAAGAC